CAAGAUGUCAGUAAUACACCACGAUCCUUUCCUAAUGUCAGACCCUGCCCAUCCACUGUUUUUUCAUGCAAUCCGUUUGGAACACUGCCGUGAACACGACGCUAAACUGACUUAAAUAACAAAAACACCUUAAUGGGAUGUGAAAAAGAAAUUCUUUCUUAUUCCAGUUUGAAGAAUAUGCUCAUGACGUGAUUGUAUCCUCGGUGAUUUGCUUGGUCUUUAAAGAAGAUUGUUCGUGAUGGAUAACAACAGACAAAGGCACAGAUGGGAUUGCUCGUGGAUUGUUCUCCGAAUUUCUUUGCUAAUGUGUCUUGGGAACAAGAUUACGGCUCAGAUAAGGUACUCUAUUCCGGAAGAAUUGAAAGAAGGAUAUAUUGUGGGCAAUAUCGCUAAGGAUUUAGGGCUUGAUAUUAGUAUGUUGGUGGACAGACGGUUUCGUAUUGUGUCCGGUUCUGAUAGUACUCUUUUCCACUUAAACCAGGACAAUGGCGUUUUGUACACCCAUAAGAAAAUCGACAGAGAGGAAAUAUGUUCUGCAAUUAACCCUUGCGUAAUAAAUUUGAAAAUAGUCGUUGAAGACCCUCUUGAGAUUCAUUACAUAGCGGUGGAAAUUACAGAUGUAAAUGACCAUUCUCCAAUGUUUACGGAAAAAGAGAAACGUCUUGAAAUAGCAGAAUCAACUGUUCAAAAUACCCGUUUUCAGCUGCAAGCCGCUCGUGACCCUGACAAUGGAGAGAACUCUGUUCGGUUAUACAAAUUAAGCCAAAACGAACAUUUUGAUGUGGAAAUAAGGAACAGGGGAGAAGAUAAGCUUCCGUUUUUGGUUUUACAGAAGCCACUCGAUCGUGAGCACAGAGCUGAGCAUAUUUUAAUCUUAACUGCAUUCGAUGGAGGAAGCCCACAUAGGUCAGGUACACUCAACAUAACAGUUAUUGUUCUUGACGUUAAUGACAAUCGUCCUAUAUUUAGUCAAGACGUAUAUACGACAACACUGAAAGAAAACACACCCAUUGGAACAUUGGUGUUGAAAUUACAGGCAAAUGAUAAUGAUGACGGUGUAAAUGGGGAAGUGUCUUUUGUUUUCGGGGGUGACAAAAACCAAAACGCCUUCGAUAUUUUUGUUUUAGAUAACAUAACGGGUGAAAUUCGAGUAAAGGGCGAAGUAGAUUUUGAACAGACUAACAUUUACAAACUAGAUAUUCAAGCCUCAGACGGUGGUCAGCCUCCUUUGACCACUGAUUGCAGAGUUAUCAUAAAGAUACUAGAUGUAAAUGACAAUCAACCGUGCAUAGAGGUUACUUCAUUGUCCAACAUAGUUCCUGAGGAUACCAGACCUGGAACUGUAAUAUCGCUAAUUAGUUUUAGUGACAGAGACACUGGUGCAAAUGGGAAGGUCAAGAGCGCUAUAUCUGAAAUCGUACCAUUUGAAUUAAAACCAUCAAUUCAGGAGAACAUAUACUCAUUAGUGAUUAAAGAACAACUGGACCGAGAGCUAGUUUCAUAUUAUGACAUAACGAUUACAGCCACAGACCUAGGGCAGCCUCCUUUAUUCACCACUAAAACAUUGAGCGUGCAAAUUUCAGAUGUGAAUGAUAAUAAGCCAGUAUUUACCCAAAACCCUGUUGAACUGUAUGUAUUUGAAAAUAAUUUUCCAGGUGCUUCUAUAUUUUGUAUCAGCGCAUCUGAUAGUGAUGUAAAUGAAAACGCUUUAAUAUCUUAUAAUAUUCUCAGAGGGGGGAAUAAACCCAAUCACAUAGCAUCAUUCCUUAACAUUCAUUCUGAAACAGGUGUUAUACAAGCACUAAAACCCUUUGACUUCGAAACUACAAAAACGUUCCAGUUCCACGUGCUCGCUACAGAUUCUGGAACUCCGUCACUAAGCAGCAACGUCACAGUGAACGUGUUCAUUCUGGAUCAGAACGACAACGCUCCAGUGAUCUUAUAUCCAGUCAGUGCUAACGGUUCUGCUGAAGGUGUGGAGGAGAUUCCCCGCAAUGUCAACGCAGGACAUUUAGUGACUAAAGUGAGAGCCUAUGACGCGGAUAUAGGAUACAACGGCUGGUUAUUAUUUUCACUGCAGGAAGUGAGUGACCACAGUCUCUUUGCUUUGGACCGUUAUACAGGACAGAUAAGGACCCUUCGCUCAUUCACAGAAACAGAUGAUGCUGAACAUAAACUGGUCAUACUGGUCAAAGACAAUGGAAAUGUUUCGUUUUCAGCAACAGCCACUGUGAUUAUCAAACUUGUUGAGCCAAAAGAGGCUUUUGCAGCUUCUGAUGUUAACAACGCAGUAAAUGAAGAGAAAGAAAACAGCGUUACAUUUUAUUUGAUCAUUACAUUGGGAUCGGUUUCAUUUCUUUUCAUCAUCAGUAUCAUCGUGCUGAUUGUAAUGCAGUGCUCCAAAUCUACAGACUAUUCCUCCAAGUAUUUGCAAGAUACAAAUUAUGACGGGACACUGUGUCACAGCAUCCAGUACAGAUCCGGAGAUAAACGCUACAUGUUAGUUGGACCAAGAACGAGUAUCGGAUCUACUCUAGUUCCAGGAAGUAAUGGAAAUACUCUAGUGAUACCAGAUCGCAGGAGGAGAACGUCUGGUGAGGUAAGAAAGAAAUGUUAUAUAUAAUAUAUUUGUUGUCGAAUUUUAUGGGGAUUCCUGUACAGCCGUUUUUUGCAUAUACAUACUUUACCAAUGUACAGGGUGUCCCAAAAGUCGUCAUACAUAUGGGAAAUUAACACUUUUCAGCAAAAUGUCUUCCAAAUUUUUUCAUACAUUGUGAGAUCCACAAAUAUAUGCUAGAAGUCACAAAAAUUAAUUAAAUUAACAAAUAAAUAUCUGCACGCACUUGUGGAUUAUGAAACAUUUCUAGCAUCAAGAGUGGUGCACACAAAUCAACAAAUAGUUGGACUCCACCCACCGUCUACUCAAGCCAAUCGAAUAACUGCCACAUUGCACUGACCAAUCGUAGCACGGUCUCGCUCCAACCAAUCACGUUUUGUUUUACAAUCAGUGCUGGAACUGAGUCAUACUGCACCGAACUCGCUUACUAUGAAGGCUAUGAUCAGGAGGAUUGACGACAGGAGAGUGGUUUUAACCAUCUGACAGCAUCACUGUGACAACAUCUAAAAGAAAACAAGCAACGUUAUGGGUCAUACAUUCUUUAUUAUAAGGGGAUAUUUGUGUUUUCACCAGUGUUUCCUGCAUCGCUACCGAAUCCACGGCAAAACCCGAGUUGUGAUUUUACAGUAAAUUGAGUGUGGUGAGAUUAAAAAACUGUUUCGGGAAAAGAUGGCAUUGGCAAGAAUGUGUUGUCCUCGCAGACUCCAUCUCAAAACACAGCGCGACCAGCGUCGUCCAAUUUUCUGGUUAAAGACACUUAUCUUUACAUUCUCUAAACAAAUCGUUCUAAAAGAUUCACAGACCGUAGGCGUUACCGAUAUGAAUCAGUCUAACAAAUUCUUACUGAAUCAGUGACUCAAUCAGUUACUAAUCCAUCAGACCACUUAUCUAUAUUAACAGUGCAUUUAUGACCCAUAACACUGCCUUGUUUUUUUUUUUCUUUUUUUUUUUUAGAUGUUGUUAGAAUGAUGCUGUUAGAUUAUGUACGCGAGUUUGGUACAGCGUUCCUGUAAAACAAAACCUGAUUGAUUGGAGCACGAACAUGCUACUAUCGGUCAGUGCAAUGUGGCCGUUAUCCGAUUGGCUUGAGAAAACGGUCGAGUCCAACUAUUUGUUGAUUUGUGUUCACUCGACGCUUGAAAUGUUUCAAAACUCACAAAUGCGUGCAGCAAUCCACAAAUCCAUAUUACGCGAUUCACAAAUGAAUGCCAGGCAGAGUUGUGUUUGUGACACACACACACACACAUGUGUGUGUGUGUGUGUGUGCGUGUAUAAUUUACAAAUCUCAUUUGAUUUAUUUGGGAAUUUAAUUAAUUUUUGUGAUACUCCUAAAAUAAUUUUGUGAAUCUCGCUACAUUUAUUUGUGGGUAAUCUAUUUAUUUGGAAUUAUGAAACAAUUCUUACCUCAUAGAGAGACGACUCUGUGUGUUUACAAAGAAAUAACAGCCAUUUAAAUGACAAUCAUGUUUACAAAGAAAUGACACCCAUUUAUAUGGAUGUAUUGUAAAUAAAGUUACAUUUAGCUAAAAAAAAUAAU